GAGAGUCCCACCGUGUUCUGCAAACAUAUCCUCGGUUUCAUUUUUAGAACCCUAAAUCUCUGUGGAUCCUUUUAACUAUUUAUAUAAGAAUCCUCUAGAAGUUGCUUUUUUUUAUGAGAAAUGGGCGGUUCUUCAGAGACAAAGAUCUUACAAGAACUCAUACUUUACGCGGCCAGCGCUGCUCUCAGCUGCUUAGUUCUCUUCGCCGGGCUCAGACAUCUCGACCCUAAUCGAGAAUCUUCCAAGAAAGCUCUAGAACAGAAAAAAGAAAUCUCCAAGCGUUUAGGCCGUCCUCUUAUUCACACCAAUCAAUACGAGGAUGUGAUAGCAUGUGAUGUGAUAAAUCCAGACCACAUUGAUGUGGAGUUUGAUUCUAUUGGAGGGUUGGAAACUAUUAAGCAGUCUUUGUAUGAGCUUGUGAUCUUACCGUUGAAACGACCAGAGCUUUUUGCUUAUGGGAAGCUGCUUGGGCCUCAAAAAGGUGUUUUGCUCUAUGGCCCACCUGGUACUGGGAAGACAAUGCUUGCCAAAGUUAUUGCUAAAGAAUCAGGAGCUGUUUUUAUUAAUGUUAGGGUUUCUAAUCUUAUGAGCAAGUGGUUUGGUGAUGCUCAGAAGCUUGUUUCUGCUGUGUUUAGCUUGGCGUAUAAACUCCAGCCUGCUAUCAUUUUUAUUGAUGAGGUUGAUAGCUUUCUUGGUCAGCGACGUUCAACGGAUCAUGAAGCAAUGGCAAAUAUGAAGACUGAGUUUAUGGCUUUAUGGGAUGGGUUUUCUACUGAUCCGAAUGCGAGGGUUAUGGUUCUUGCUGCAACUAACAGACCAUCAGAGCUUGAUGAAGCGAUACUGAGACGUCUUCCUCAGGCCUUUGAGAUUGGAAUGCCUGAUCGUAAGGAGAGAGCUGAGAUACUAAAAGUGACAUUGAAAGGAGAGAGGGUUGAACCUGAUAUUGAUUAUGAUCAUGUAGCUCGUUUAUGCGAAGGGUAUACCGGUUCAGACAUCUUUGAGCUUUGCAAGAAAGCAGCUUACUUCCCUAUCAGAGAAAUCCUAGAAGAAGAGAGAAAAGGGAGACCAUGUCCUGUUCCUAGGCCAUUGUCACAAUUGGAUUUGGAGAAAGUUUUGGCUACGUCAAAGAAGACACAAGUUGCAGCAGGGGAGUACUCUGGACUGAGAGUGUCAAGGGAACCAGAUGAUGUCCUAAGUGGAAUCUCAAAGCUACUAGUCUCUCAGUUUAUUAACCUUCAGUCAGAUUCUCAGGGUUCUUCAUGGCAGCGCGAACCCGAAGAAGAUUCCUGA